CAUUGGAGUUGUUGUAGAAGAGGAUAUCUUUAAAAGGAAAUAUGAGGAAUACAUAUCUUGAAACCACUCUAUGUUUAUUUUACUUGUUUGGUGCAUUGGUUUAUCAUGAACUUGUGAAACCAAACAGAUGUUUUUCGUGAUUUGGCUGUGAAGUCUACAAAUUGUGUUUUUUAAAAUGUUGUGGAUUCAUUCACAAGGAGGAAAAUACAGAGAUAUUAUUUGUGUAUAUUAGGUAUACAAAAUUAACAAUAAAUACAUGACAGAAAGAAAACAAAUUUUAAAGCUACUUGUAAAAUGUUAUCCGUUGCCCUAUGUGAAAUCUCUGAAACUACAGAAAGUGAAUUUUAUUUUGCUGUUGGAGGACUAAAAAUUGGAGACUUAAUUUGUUAGAAUUUAUAGAAACGAUGGGUUAAUGAUUGCUCAUGUUUGCUUAUGAAACAUAGUUGAGGAUUUGACAGGAUGUACCCUCAUUUAUUUGUUGGUAAUUCUAGACAUAUUUUUUUGCGAUGUCAUUGUAAAGAACUAUCAAUUAGACUUGUCCUGAUGUGACGAAAAUAAAAAUUGUUUAAUGACAGAUAAUUCAUGAAUAAUAAAAAGUGCUGCUUUUUCUUGCCCUAAAGAUUCAGAGAUGGAGUUCAUGGUGUGUUGUGAUUGGUGGAUUAAAUUAUAGUUUUAACCAAUCAUAUUGUUUAUCUGUGAUAUUUGACAAAAUGGCUGGUGUAUCUAAGCCAAUGGAAUUAAAGCCAUACAAAGACCGACCUCGGAUUUAUAUGUCGAGUCGGACUCAUAAGGUUGUUGUUCUGUUUCCGAACGGAGAACUUGUUGAAGUUGCCAACCCACCUGAGAAGUCAAAAGAUGACAGUAGCGUAGCUUCUAGAAAUGGACAACUGUCAAGAACUGGAUCUCUCACUGUGUUACGGAGAUCAAAUUCUCGUAAAACAGGAAGUUCAAGUAGUCGUGCCUCUAGUAUAAGUAUGGAUAGUGCUGACAGUUACGCUAGUGUUGACCUGAGUACUGAUAAACUUCCACCCGUAGAUUCCCCGGAAGCUUCACAUAUUUGCUCUUUACGGUUACGGCAUCUUAUACGGCGAUUAGAAAAAGAUGAGGUAUCGAAGGAAGAUUUAAAGAAAAAUUUAGAAUAUGCUUCCUCUGUGUUAGAAACUAUUUAUAUUGAUGAAACAAGAUUAAACCAGCAUAGCGGCAACAAUAAGAGAAAAGUGAAAUGCAAAAAGGAUGGCACAAAAGAAAGACGGUUAUGUGAUGAAGAUGAUGAACUCAGUGAAGUUGAACCUGAUGCUGUUCCGAGUGAAGUUAGGGAUUGGUUAGCAUUGACCUUCACAAGGUCUAUGAGUAAUUUAAAACGGAAAGGAGAAGAAAAGCCAAGGUUUCGUAGUGUGGCACAUGCAAUUAGAGCGGGUAUUAUGGUGGACAGAAUUUAUAGACGAAUGUCCAGUUCUCUUGGGAUGCAUGUUCCUCCUCAUAUACUGAUAUUAUUAAAGAGUUUAGAUGACUGGUCAUUUAAUGUGUUCACUGUAAAUGAUGCGUCAGAUGGACAUGCCUUGAAAUUUGUUGGCUAUGAACUUCUUCAGAAAUAUGAUCUUAUAACAAAGUUUAAAAUUAGUUCAACUGUUUUGGAUAGUUUCUUAGUGACUUUAGAACAAGGAUAUAGUAAAUAUAAGAAUCCUUAUCAUAACGCAUUACAUGGGGCAGACGUAGCACAAACUGUUCAUCAUUUACUGUCACAGAGUAAAUUAGCUCAAUGGUUGACAGAUUUAGAAGUGUUUGCCACAAUAAUAGCAGCGUUAAUACACGAUUAUGAACAUACUGGUACAACUAAUAACUUCCAUGUAAAUACAGGAUCCGAUGUAGCAUUAUUGUAUAAUGACCGAGCUGUGUUAGAAAAUCAUCAUAUUAGUGCUGCCUUCCGUCUUAUGAAGGAUGAAGAUUUAAAUGUCGCUCAUAAUCUCAGCAAAGAAGAAUAUAGAGAGUUCAGAACGUUAGUUAUAGACAUGGUACUAGCCACAGACAUGUCUUUCCACUUUCAGCAAAUAAAGAAUAUGAAAAAUCUUCUUAGUAUGCCUGAAAAUAUUGAGAAGUCUAAAGCCUUGUCUUUGGUUUUACACUGUGCUGAUAUCAGCCAUCCGGCUAAAGACUGGGAUCUUCACAAAAAGUGGACAGAUUUCUUGUUAGAAGAAUUCUUCCUUCAGGGUGAUAGAGAACAGGAACUAGGAUUACCCUUUUCACCUUUAUGUGAUAGAAAAAAUACCCUAGUAGCUCAAUCUCAAAUUGGUUUUAUUGAUUUUAUUGUUGAUCCAAGUUUACAAGUUCUGGGAGACAUGUUAGAGAAGGUAUUAAACCCCCAUAAUCAACCAUCUAACAGCGUAGAUCAGUCUAUAAGUGAAGAAGUAUUUGAACGAGAAAAGAAGACAUCAGUUCAGAGUAAUAGAUCGUCUUCUAGAUCCUCGUUAUCUUCACUAUCUGGUCGGUUUGAGUUACGGAGACCCUGGGUCAAAUGUUUGAUUGAAAAUAAAGAAAAGUGGAAAGAGAAAAGUUUAACAGAUGGUGAACAGAGAGCUGCAAUUUCGACAGAGAAAGGGACUCCCUCUGAUGGUGAUGAGAGCAGACGGGAAUCGUCGUCUUCAACCGCCACCCCGGUUUGUGAUAAACCAGAGGCAGGUAACUGCCAAACUGUGCCAAAUAGCAUUAAGACUGAGUCCGUAGCCAGUAUGCAAAUUAAGAAGGUUACAAAUUGUGAGGUAACUUCAACGUCGCCGUCGUCGCCACCGGUUGUUCCUUUAAAACCCAAAUUUAUGAAGAAAUAAAGAAAUCGUUAAAUUAUUGAAUUUAUGGGCGAAUGUGUUAUGAAUGCAAGUGAAAUCUUGUGUUGUACUAUGGCGAGACAUGUGAAUACUAUACCAUGUAUUGUGACCGAACAUGUGACACACCACGUGAAAAACCAUGUGACCUAUAACAUGUGAUGAGUGUAAAUAUAAUAAUAGAAUGGUUCAUUUGCAAAUCUCCACAUGCAGCUGUUUAUAAUUAAUCCCAGAAUAAUUUUGUGGAAUUUUAUUUUCCAGAUUUACCGAUUUACCUUUUAAUUUGUCAUUCUUUGUCUGCUUAAAAUGUGGACAGACAGACAUCUUGGGUUUUUUUCUAUGUGUUGUCAUUAAGUUAAAUUCUUGCUCCCUUGUUAUAUAUUAUGAAUGCUUCUUUUUCAAACUCUUGUAAUAGUGUUUAAUCUUACUUGUAAGGAUACUGAAUCUGAAGAGGUACAGUACAUGCAUGUAUGUAUAUGUAAGUGCUCCAUCUCAUAAAUUUGAAGCCAAAUUGACUAUGUCUAUGCACUAUAUAUUAUGGACACAAAUCGCCGGAAAAUAAAGGCUGCAUAUCAGCGGAAUUGAUAGCAAUUUCACUAAAGUUGACAGCUUACCUGCUUGCUAGUAGAUUAAAGGCCCAUCGGAACAAAAUUUAUAUUGGUGGGAGUGGACUGGCAGAUGCUGCCAGAGUAAGUCAAAAUUUUAAAGUGAAGAAAAAAUAUUUGCAGAUAAUUGAGGGUGUCUGAACUCUGAAGCCCCACCUGUUACCAAUGAGCCUGAUUAAAAAAAACCUAACUUUAAAUCUUUGUUAGCUUUGAGUAACAUAGUAUAAAUUAGGUGUUCAAAGAUCAUGUCAUUUGAGUUACCUCCCUUCAAGCAGAUACUAUGAAGAUGACUCUCAUCAACAUUAGUUUUGAUGCAUGCAUUAAACCUUUAGCACUUAGACCACCCCAAACCAGCCUUACUAGGGCUCCUUUAAUAGACCGACCAAAAACGCCUGUCACGUACACAACUGUAGUGCCUGCCCCAAUGAGUAAAUGGUCCUAUUAUACAGAAAGCUAUUUACGUAUCACGAACGGUUUCAGGUGGUCGAUGGAACAGCAGUUUUAGUUUAUGAAGGGAUGUAGCUUACUGGUAUUAAUAUAUCACUUUUCUUUAAUUUUCGUGCUAGGGUUAGUUUGUCACAUGACUUCUGAAUUUGAUAAAUGUCUUCUAUAUGAAAGACUCUAAUUACUGAUGUCUUACAGUAAGAUGUAAUAAAAUCUUUUAAAACAGGAUUUUAAUUGAAGAAUUCUUCCCUUCCAGUUUAGAAGAACCAGUGAUAAACUGUAGUGAUAGAUAAAGAGAUAAAACAUGACAAUUACAAAUGUGAAAAAAUCCAUCUGCAGGUUUUUUUUUCAUUACCUCCGACUAAAUAAAUAUACCGGUAUUAAUUAACUAAUUAGUGAUGUCACCUUAUUGCAAAUUUGUAUUUAAAAUUGUGAUAUAUUUAAUUGUGUUAUUUAAGAAUGCCUUCUCUCUUCGUUUGUACAUGUGUUUGUGUUUAAGGGGGAGAGAAGACAGAAUGAUGAAGACGUGUCGUAAUUUGGCAUUCAUGUCCUUUGUUUUGAGAUUUUCUUUUUUUGAAAUAUUAUGCUUCACUAUUAUUAAUGUCCUCUGAAAUUGGUAAUAUAAAAUAAUGAUCUAAAAAUCUUAACAAAGAAUACUGGUAUAUAUUGCAUUAUAUAUUAAACCAGAGAUACUUCAUUGCUACUGGAACUUAUUUUAAAUUGAAACCUGCUUUACUGUGUAUGUUACUCAAGAUGUAUUAAAUUUAUUGUAUAAACAAGUAUUAGAAAUAAAACCUCAUGUGUUGAUCUAUGUUUGAACAAAAUUAUCAGUAAGUGAUAAAUUUGAAAAGGGGCAUAUUUCUUAGAUUACAAAACUUUACUAUUCUGAUAAUAUCUGUAAAUCUGGACCAUUAAUUGUUUGUUUAAUACUUUUUACUUAUUUUGCUCAAUUUUUACUUUUUCUGUACUUACAGACGAUCACCUUCCUUUUUUUUUUAUCUUAGCCCAUAUUUAACCACAUGUAAGUUGUGUAAAAGUUGUAGGCAAAAAAAUAACUUUUUAAAUUAUUUACCAAUCAUGAUUUUACCACAUACAUGUACAAGUUUCCUAAAAAAUUUAAGCAAAAUAAUUAUCUGCUAAAAUUCACUUUUUAUCGGCAUAUUUUUAUUAUUAUAUUUUUUUAAAAAUUUGUUAAGUUGCUUUGGUAUUUUUAAUAAAAAAUCUUUUCUUUUUCAUAUAUGUACUAAUAAUGCACUGCAUUAAUGUUCCUUUAUGGAAAAAAAAGAAACAUGCAUAAUGAUUUGGUCAAAAAAUUUGAAUUAAAAAGAUAGCCUCAUUGCAGAAAUGAUUUUUUUCUAUAAAUUAUGACAUUUGUCUGAUAGUAAUAGUUAUAAUAAGUAAAUUUUUAAGUUAAAAUAUUUAACACAGUUUCUCUUUGAAGUAAUUAUCUAGUAUGUCUUUUACUAGCAAAUCUUUUAUAAGGAUGGGAUUGUUAAAUUUUAGUAUCAUAUAAUGCACAUUAUGUGUAGGCUAAAAAUUGCAUCCAAAAUGGCCAGCAUUCAUUUCUUUUUAAGUUUUUAUUUUUUUAUUUUAUGCAUUAAUAAUGUAAUAAUAUAGAAUUAGCAUCACAUGUGAUAUGAAUAAAUAUGUGAAUACUUUAUUAUAAAAAUAGAAUUAUACUAUAUGUUCACAAAUAGAUUCAAUGGUUUAAAAUCUUAAUUAUGUAGGUACUUUUAUCACCAUUAGUAUUACAUUGAGAGAGUUUUAGUAUUAAUUGUGAAUAAAAUACACUAUAUUUAAGAAAAAAAAAAUAAUUAAUGAUAUUUCUAGUAUUAUUUUGUUAAGAUGUAAUGAUUAAAUAAUUUAUUCCUUGUUAAUUAUUUAAUUAUUUAUGAAUUUAAAAAAGCAUUAAUUAAUUUAUGUGUACAAUUAUAGUGAGUGGCUUGGUAAACUUGCUUAAUUAAAUGCAAGGCCCAUCUGUGGGUCUAAUACAGCCAUUACAUUAAAAUAAAAACUCUUAAACUGUUGGCAACACUUGGUAAGGCCUAAUUCUUUGAAAUUUUUACCAUUUAGAGGCAGACAGAUGAUCUCAAGAAAAGAUGCUGCAACAUGUGCAUUGCUUACUUAAAUGUCUAAUUACAAAGAGUAAGAGUAAUUAAUUGAGAAUAUCAAUUAAGAAUUAUUAUCACUGUUAAUUACAAGUUUAUUGAUUAAAUCAAACUGUGAAUACAAAGAAGAAUAUUUAUUCAAGUAUUUUUUUUUGUUAAUUUAGCGUCAAAAAGCGAUUGUUAACCUAUCCAUAUGUAUAUAGUUUAUUAUUAUUACUAUUAUUAUAUUCCCAUUAUCAUCAUUUUUAUUAUAUAAAUAUUAUUAAUAUUAUAUUGUACAGACAUACAGACCAAUACAUGAGCUACUAUAUACAUACAAUACAUGUGUAGUGUGAUCUUAUAAAUUACCGGUAGUAUGGCUGUUAAAAAUGGUAGCACUCAUUUAAAAAUAACUUUGCUAAUGAAAGAGAAAACCAUGACAAUUGGACAAAUCAUCCCCUGUGAAAUCAACACGUUUCCACCUAUAAGUAUAAGCAAAAUAAACUAGUCUAUAGUUUAUCUAUAGAACAUUCUUACGGGCAGUUUACCAUGACUAAGAAAUAAACUUACAUAAAACCAAAGCGGUUUACAUCCUAGUGUACUGUAGAAGGAUCUAUAUAUUAAAAGUGAGUAUUCAGGUAUUUGAACAUCUAAUGUUAUUUCUGACUAUAUGUAUUAUAAUUGUUAUUCUCUCUUUAAGAUCUUUAUACGUUAAACAAUACGGGCUAAAUAAACAGUAGAGCAUGA